AUGUUUAUUUCUUUGUGGGAGUUCUUCUACGGGCACUUUUUUCGAUUUUGGAUGAAAUGGCUCUUACGACAGAUGACUGGAAAAUGUGAAUUGCAGCGAAUUUUUGAUACCUAUGUAGGUGCACAAAGGACACACAGGAUAGAAAAUUCCUUGACAUACUCCAAGAAUAAGGUUUUGCAGAAAGCAACUCUUGUUGUCCAGAGUGAAGUGGACAAAUGUGUAGAAGAUAUAAUGAAGGAAAAGAAGAUUAACUCUGAGAAGGAUGCCAGUUUUAAAAUCUGUAUGAAGGCAUGCUUACUGCAGAUAUCCGGUUAUAAACAGCUCUAUUUGGAUGUAGAAAGUGUGAGAAAAAAACCAUAUGAUUCUGAUAACCUCCAACAUGAAAAGCUGCUUCUCAAGCUUUGGAAUCUUCUAAUGCCCACGAAAAAGUUGAAGGCUAGAAUCUCCAAGCAGUGGGCUGACAUUGGUUUCCAGGGUGAUGAUCCCAAAACAGACUUCAGAGGCAUGGGCAUACUUGGAUUAAUCAAUCUUGUGUAUUUCAGUGAAAAUUAUACCAGUGAAGCUCACCAGAUUCUUUCCCGUUCAAAUCAUCCAAAACUAGGGUAUUCUUAUGCAAUAGUUGGAAUCAACCUUACGGAGAUGGCUUAUAGCUUGCUGAAGAGUGAAGCUUUGAAGUUUCAUCUCUACAACUUUGUUCCUGGUAUACCAACAAUGGAACACUUUCAUCAGUUUUAUUGUUACCUCGUCUAUGAAUUUGACAAGUUUUGGUUUGAAGAAAAGCCAGAAAGCAUUAUGUAUUUCAACAUGUAUAGAGAGAAGUUUCAUGAAAAGAUUAAAGGACUCUUACUGGAUUGUAAUGUAUCACUUACUUUAAAAAUAUGAAUCAUCCGUAGUAUCUUCUAUUUCUACCACAUUUUGCACACACAACAGAAUUUAUAUGUUGUAAUAGAAAUUAUCUGAUCAACUACACUCGUUAUAUAUAAUUUCCUACGAAAAUAUUUCAGAAAUUCUAUUUAAGAAAGCUAGUGGACAAUCAGUGUAUGUUUACAGUCGUUUAUACACUGUCCUCCAAAGGUACCUUAUCCUUCCAAAGAUCCCUUCUGUAGAGGCCUGGAAACUACAGUUUGGAACUUGGGACUUAGCCCAUUUAGUGUAAAAGUAUAAAUCAGGUAUUUGUAUUAAAUUGGUUGAUUAAAAUGUGUAAAAAUCAGUUUUCAUUUUUAUGUGUUGUAACUAUCAAGUCAGCUCUUUUCAGAUUUUUUGUGUUUUAGUUUGGAAAUGAUUGUUUUUUAUUUCCUUCCUCUUGUUUUCUUCCUAGGUUAAUUAGCAGGAAGAGUAGUUCUUUAUGGCUUUCUUUGGUUGCAUCUCAAUCACAUCCCUGAUGUUGCGUCAUUAGUGGCAGAAAGCGUAGAUAUGUCAGGAUAAAGAAUCAUGUCCUCUUCCUUUUUGGUUUCUCUGAUUAUUUAGCGUAAUAGCUCAUGAGAGAAUGACAGUAUUAGUGACUAGCCUUUUUGUUUUUCAAUACCACACUUGAAAAUGUCGCAGUGGUAUUUUAAAGCUUAAAGACAUUUUUCUCAUCUUCAGUAUUUGCUUUUCAGUCCGUUGUAGGAAAGAACGGUAGUUAGUGCUGGGCGUGAGGGCCUUUCCUGAGGCUUCUCUGCCGGUGAGUGUUUAUGAAAAGAGAUAUAUUUGCUAAGAAAAUCUUGACUGUGUUCAAAGGACAGUGGCUAUUUCCAUAAAACUGUCUUGAACUGAAACAAAAGGAAAACCUAAAGGUUUUUAAAAAUACCCGUUAAACGUUGUUGGUUGAUUUUACUGUUAACUGUUGCUUCUUUUUGCUUUGCCUCCAUCGUGUUUCUAGAUAACGGUGUACGGACUUUAUGGUCUGUGGGAUUCUGAAGUAGCCUGAGGAUGGUGACUGUGCAUUUUGUAUAGCUUUAUUCUCCUCAGAUCUCAGGAGGGCAUCAAGUGCUGUCAAGGAUUAUAUGGUGAUGAGGUUCUAAGGGGAAUAAUUUCUUCCUUGUGUGUUUUAGAAAUUUGUACUCCCAGCAAAACUAAGAGUUUAAAGAUAGGUUUGUCUGAUUACUAAGUUCUUAAGUCCUACAGAAACCAGCGUGUUAAAGACCUCAUUUAAACAUGAUGAGAGUGCAUCUUGUUAACAUGGUAUAUAUCAGCGUGGUGUAUUUAAGGACUGGCUCCUGUGGUAGACAAGCCCUGAGACUUGCGUAUUUGUUCGUGUCUGUUGACAGGCCACUCUCUGCAAACUUGCCGAAGAGAAGAGCAAUAAAAAAAUCCGAGUGGAAAACAACAGAUGCAGUGUUGUAUAGCACGUACAUUGGAAGCACAGCAUUAAAACUAUUAUUUUCUCAACGGAAUAAAACUUUUAAAAACAGGGUUACUUUAUUAUAAUCAUGGUGGUGGUUUAGCAUCUCAAUAUCACAGGAAUUUAAAAAUUGUUUUCUUGUGAGAGACUUCUCAACCUUGGGAUUAUCUUUUUUUUUUUUUUAAUGUUUUCAUUGCUUUAUUAUCCAGCUCUAGAGUUCUAGGAGAUGUAGCAAAAUCCUGGUAAGGAUCAGGUGCUAACCAUUAAAGUUCAUUUUAUAUACUAAGUGUUUACUCUUACAUGGAAAGCAAUUCUGUUAGUUUAGUUUCCAUGCUGAAAAUUCUUACCUUUAUAUUUUAAUCUUUCAAUAGCUGAGGUUGAACUGAUUUAAACCUUUGUCAAUAUGCUAGGGAGGAAAAAAAACUUAAAUGUUUUAAGAAUGUCAUUAGAAAGUUUGGUCAAUAAUAUGUUCUUUAAAUCAUCUCUGUUUGUACAAUAUAGAUAUUCUGUUUUUGCUUAAAAUAAUCAGUAACCAUUUCAGAAGUUCUGUAGUGAAUUGGUCUAAAAGCUACCAAUAAAGUCUAACGUUUGAUAGUCUGGAAGCCAAGCUAAGUAUCCCCAAUUGUAAAUUAGAUUGUAACAUAGUGACAUUCAUGAAAAGAAAAACAUAACUGUAUCUACCUUCCUACUUUUCCUUGCUUUCAACCUAUGUAUGUUAGAAUUUUACAUAGUCUUAAAAUCCAUAUUUAGAAUCUUACCUGUUUCUGUAAUAAUGAAUGAAAUACCAAAGUAGUGCUAGAACUGAAAUAGCGGGAAAAUUAUGUUUGCUUUAGCAUCAGAAAAGUGAAUCGAUGUUGAAAUGAAUUAUUGUAUGUGCCAGAUCGAAGAGAGUGUGCAGUGACAAGAAUAGUGUAAACAGGCAGUUACACUGGUUGUAGUUCAAGUAUGUUCUGAAAGACAAUCUUUAAGGAUAUAGGAGAAAUCAGGGGAUAUCGGUAUAUCAGUGAACCUAGAUAGACCAGCCUCUCUUUGUAUAUAAAUACGGUGGUAUAGUUAGAUACAAAAUCAGUGUCUUACUGGCACCAUUUUAGAAAACAAGAUCUUUUUCUCGAAAAUGCCCAUCCUUAUUUUGUUUUUUUCUAUUUUAACAACUAUUUGGAUUUGUGUGUAUUUUUCUAUGUGAAAAAUAUAUGUAGUCUUCAUUUUUAUUCCAGUAUUAAUAAUUAUUUAUGUACUGUUUCUCCCCUUUGCAUUCAGUGAAAUUGAACUUGGUCAAAGAUUUGCUCAAAGGAGCAGCAUUACAUGAGUGACAAGUGGAAUGCUCGUUGCCAGAGCAGGAGAGAUCACACACUAUCAUGGCACAGAAGAGAAGAGGUUUGGCUGGGAGGGCGGUAGUGUUUGUUUAUUAUCCUCCUUGAGUUAAUGUUUGGGGACCAGCAGCUAUUUUCUCAGGAUAAAUGGUCCACUCAAGUUCUCAAUGAACAAGUUUGGGGAGGCUUACUUUCCAUUGUCACAUUUAUGAACCUCUCCACACAAGCAGGUUGUUAACGAAGAUUAAUGAACUUACUAAACAUCUGAGAGAAAUCAUGAGUGAUCUUGUUUGGUUUGGUUUUGUUUUUCUGGCUUCAGCUUUUGACAAGAAAAAAAUUUAAAUGUAGUUCAGGUAACAGCCAACUAUUAUAGGGCAAUUUUUUUUUUUUUUAAUUAUAGGACAAUUCUGUGUUUCUGUUAAUGUAUUAAAAAAAUAAGCAAUGGCUUUCCCUGGGGGAAAAAGUGCUGGUUGGCAACUUAAAGAUAUAGAUUUUUGUCUACUUUGGAUACAACAAUUAACUUCUUAUGUAAAAGCAAUAGUCGAGACGUGAUGCCAUUUUGUUCGGAAUGUUGUGAACAAAUAAAAAAUGUGUCAAAAUUGUUAUAA